AUGAUCUUGUUAAAGGUAAGUCAUGUUAAUAUCUAACUGAGAUAAGUCACAAGUCACACUAGCAGUGGUGACUCUACAGCAUUCUUCAGUAUUGAAACAUUCCAGACGUCACCAGGCAUAGAUUGAGCACCAAAGCUCCCCGCAUCAUAAUGUAAUAUUAUUUUGUCUAUAUUAUUUUGUCUUUUCAGUUUGAUGUAAAACAACCUAAGGUUGACCAUGGGAAUUCCGGUAGGAAGCACUCCUUUCAAUACAAACUGAAGCUUCAGGAUGGAAGAGAGAUUCCAGUUUGCAAAAGCCUGUUUGCAUCCACCAUGGGGUUCCAGCAAGAACCAUUCUGUCCUGGUUGAAGGAAUUUAAAGAUCCUGAUUGUGCAAAGCAGCCAAAAUUGCCAAGGACACCAAAGAAUGGGAUGAAUCUUAGAGCUAGAAAGCCUUCUUUGAUCUACUUACUAACAUGAACCAACUUGCCAUCUUGUUUAGGAAAAACUGCUGUUCUUGGCGAGGCUGACAAAAAUUAUUUAAUAAAAUGGUUUGAAAAGCUUCCAACUCUUCCUUCACAUUACUGUCGAAGCACUCCUGCCAAUCAAGAGAAAAAGUUUCCUGAACCUGGCACAACACUAAACCAACUUCACCGAGAUUACAAGCAAGCAGCAGAAGAUGAUGGUUCAGGGCAGUGGGCAUAAAACUUUUCAACAAGACAUUCCAUAAAUUAAAAUAUUCCGUCUUCAUCCCCAGAAAAGACCAAUGUGAUACAUGCAUUAGUGCAAAACAUGGCAACAUUGACCAGGAGAGCUACCAAGCCCAUAUUCGAGCCAAAGGUGAGGCAAGGGCAGAGAAGGCCAAAGAUAAAGAAACAGCAAGUGCCAAAAAGUCUGUAUGGACUCUGGAUGUUCAAGCUGUGCUUUUGUGCCCAAAAACUAAAGCCAGUGCCCUGUAUUAUAAAACUAAACUCCAGCUGCAUAACUUAAGUUUUUAUAAUCUAAAAUCUGGUGAAGGAUAUUGCUAUGUGUGGGAUGAAACCCAAGGUGAUGUAAACAGUGAGAUGUUUGCUCACUUAAGUAUAAACAUUUUAGCGAAGUGCUUGAUGCUCACCCGGAAAUAGAGGAAAUUGUCAUUUGGAGUGAUGGUUUCACCUACCAGAAUCGCAACACCAACCUGGCCAACAGCUUGUUGGAUUUGGCAAUUAAAUGUGGUGUGAAAAUUGUCCAGAAGUACUUGGUUGUUGGGCACACUCAGAUGGAGGUGGAUAGCAAGCAUGCCACGAUCGAAAGGAAGCUGGUUGGUGAUAUUUACAUCCCCCAUGAUUAUGUAGUGGUCAUGGAGUCAGCCAGAUUGAAACCCUCACCCCAUGUUGUGAAGCAGGUGUCCCAUGAUGAGGUGAUGAAGCUUGAUGGUAGCUAUCUUUCCAGCAUUCGUCCUGGAAAGAAGACUGGAGAUCCUACUGUGUACAACCUCUGGGCCCUUGAGUUCCAAUCUACUGGCACAGUCCAAUUCAAGUUGGAGAUCUCAGAGAAGGCCAUCUGGGAAAAAUUGCGACAACGAAUCUCCCUUCCUAAAAAGCCAUUCUCACAGAUACGUCAUUUCAAAGAACAGCUACCAAUCAAGGAAAGGAAGUACAACAACCUCCAAUCAAUGAAGCCAGUGCUACCUACAUGGGCACAUCCAUUUUAUGACAAUCUGCCACACCACAACAAUUAA